UUGUUUGAAGGGGAUUCCCUGGACUGUGAGGUGGCCAGGAAAUUCCACAAAAACCCUGGGCUGUUUCUUCCUCCAUUGUGAGGAGCACUUUGAGGUUCACCCCGAGGUCGCGACCUUUCUUUGAUGCUUCUGACGAAAUUAAAUCCACUUUCCACUAAUUAUUUAACCACAAAAACAAAAUUAUUGAUUCAUUUUGUACAUUUUCUGGUUUCAUUUCAACCAAAUCAGCCGUAAGUCAAACGCUAGCCUCUGAUUGGAGCUUCAGAGGAACGUUUUAUCAGUCACCUCCUUCUUUUGUACAUUAACAUGGAAACCUGAGCCUCACAUGAACACACACACACUGACGGACUCACACUAUAGUCCUUCCUCUGGCCGGCUGGCAUUUAGGCAGAUAUAUAAACCGUCACCGGAUGCUCGGGGCCACAACUUUCCUCAAGUACUGUAACAGUCAGCCGCCUGAGCGUUCAACCGUUUUCCCGCCUGCUGAACAGAUCAGGGACCCGUCUGACCUCACGGCAUCAUGCUCAGCAGGAACAUAUUUCUUCUAUUCUCUUUGUGUGUUGUGUUGGUGACGGGAGACCACGACGCCAACGAUGCAGGAGUACAAGCCAUAUCCACAGAUAAAGAUUCAACUUCUGAUGAAUCUCCAACAGAGAGCAUGAACAUCGUCGUUUCUCCGGACCAGCCUGAUGAAUCCCAUGUUUAUGGAGAAGGACCCUCAGAUCCCAGCAGUUCCCACUCAGAGACAGCAGACCCUCCGUCAGCUGAUCAGGUGAUAGCACCUGAGCCGGCUGUGGCCUCUGCCAGCAGCGCGGAGGAAGAAGACGAGGACGAGAGCAACGACUCCGGAGAAGCAGGAAGGAAGAAGCCCAGCUCGCGCUCGGCCAAACCUCAGGGCCCCGCCCACCUCCAGAACAGCCCCGCCCAUAUAAUUCAAGUCCCCGCGCUCCCGUCGCAGCCCGUCAUCAUCCCACAGCCCAAAACGUUGGCGAGGAGCCGAACGUCCAAGAGGAGAUCCAGAACCAACCGCCGGCAGAUUUAGACAUCGGAGACACAAACAGAAACACACAACACGGCAGUGACCCGACACACUCCCGGUGCCAUGUGACACAAAGCAGCCAAACGACUGAUUUAGACAAGAUUAGAAAUAAAUUCAUUCGACUAAUUCGGAGGAGUUCCCUUUUGUGCCAUUUCAUUCUGAUGUCGAUGUGUGUGUCAGGAUUCUGGACUCCAGCAGACCUCAGAGUAUUGAAUCUGUUCAGUUAAUCACUUUUUGUAACUUUCAUUCUUAUAUAAAUACAUUUAAGCGACACCAUACUUUCCUCUGUUUGUAUCUUAUUGUAAUAAAGUGAACUUUAAGACCCA